AUGGCUGGACAUCACCCUCUUGUCUUUGGGUUCUUCCUCUUCUCUCUGUGGUCACUGCUUUGCAACGCCGUUGACCUCUACCGUGCCGACUCCCGUCCAUACACCACCAUUCAAGCCUCCAAGGGCUUCUUGCCCAAGGGCCAAUCUACCUUUGGAGUAGCAACUCCGGACACUAGCCUGUGGAACCACGUCAACGGAGCCAGCAACGGCUUCAGCAAGGACGAAGACGGCUACGUCUCCACCACUUCGGACCCGGCCCUGGCCGAGCGCUGGGUCACCCAGUUCCUCAACGGCAACGGCUACAUCUACCGCAUCCACUCAGCCCCCAACAUGAUCGACUGCCCGGGCACCCUCGGAAAGUACAACCCGUACCCCGAGGAAGCCGAGUUCGCAGCUCUCGGCGGCAUCAAGGACAACCAAAUCAUCGGAUGGACUCCCGUCAGGAACGGCGUCAAGGGCAAGGAGGAGCUGAACCCGUUCUACUCCAAGGCUAUCUACGGAAACAUGGGCACUGGUGGUAUCCAGCCGAAGCUUGCUGCUUUCCCUGCUGGUCACCCUGCCUGGAAGGAGGCUCCCUGGGCCGAGUUCAGCAGCUGCUCGAAGAGGCGCGCGAGGGAUCUCUUCCGCAGGCAGUCUUGCGGUGGACUCAAGUCUAACCAGGAGUACGCUGCGGAGUACCUUGAGUACGUUCAGGCCGUUUGCCCUGACUGCCAGUAG